UCUUGCACUCCUGCCCUCCGCGCAUGUUACCGAGAAACAGCCGCCGUAGCCCACCACCUCAAGAGUUUACUGUUAGAUGAGAUUAUAUUUAUUGCUGUACAUUUAUCGUACAUUAUUCAUUUGGUGCGAUAAAGGCUGUAAAAAAAAAUCAGACUGUAGCGACGCAAUGAGUUGCUGUAGUCGUUGAAAUCAAAAGCGAAAGUGCGGUGGUGCUUUUUUUUGUUUUCAGCAGCUGCUAUCUCACUUUAUGUGUGUAAUAACCUUAAAAUUAUUAUUUAAAAAAAACGCGGAAUCCAGACUCCAUGAUGAUGAUUGAAGUCAUUUUGUUUGGAUACUUCAUGACGUGCGUAUGUGCUGAUGGGGCUGCAGAUGUGGUACUGUCCUGCACCCUGGUGGAGGAGGGAGUUGGACUGGGUGGAAUGGGAGGUGGUGCUGCCUUCACACGUACUCCAGCUACUGUUGUCUUCAGAGACGUUGCAGUGGCUCCUGAAGAAUCCCUUGAAACGCUCACUGCGUUUGUUCCACCCUCAGUCCCGGAUCCAGACCUCCUCCUGUUUGAGGCCAAAGUGUCAUCAGUUGAGAUCCCCAAUGCAGCCGUGUUGCUCCAUGCAGACUGCAAUGAACAGGAGGUGACGUGUGAAAUAAGCCGUUACUCUCCUCGUGGAUCCCAGGAAAGUUCGGAUCCAGCCUAUUUCAUGGCAUCCCUUAGUGUGGAGGGAGUUGAGUUCAACACUGCACUGAUUCUGCAGACUUUGAUGGUGGAAAAAGACCACUCGACGUUGAUACAAAACAAACUGGGCCUGCCUCUUAGCCAAUCGGGUACUCUGCUGACUGAGGUGAUAUUUGUGGUAUUUUCCCACAUAAAGUCUGUAUCUGCACCUCUGAGAGGUGAUGUCCUCCUCAACUGUGGUUUCAGGCAGCAUGAAAUUCCCUUAUCGCAGGAAGUGGGCAUUGAAUGGCGACUGCAGCACAGAGGAAAGGGGCAGAAAGUGCUUGAAAUAAAGACAAGGCUGGAUGACGUAGAAGGAAACACAGUGGUGCAUGCAGAAAGGAGGGCCUCAAGCAUGGAUGCCGCCCAGGUUGUUGGUGAGGGUAACGCCUCUGUGACUCUGAACAAGCUGAAGGUUGUGGAUGAGGGGACUUACAUCUGCACAGUCAGUUUAGGCCCUUUCCACGCACAGCAGAUCAUUCAACUCCAUGUUAUUCAACCACCCCAUGUCUCACUCUCAGAGGAGAAGUUGGUUUUGAAGACAACAUCACCUAAGACUCUGAGCUGUCACUGCAGUAAAUACUACCCACUGGAUGCUCAGAUGGAGUGGUUAUCCCUCUCUCCUACAGACACAGAGCCUGUAGUCUUUCCAGAUCAGGGCUCUCUGUCUAGCCAUCGGCAGCAUGGUGAUGGGACGUACUCCCUGUCAUCUCACCUCACUGUGCCCCCCACUGUCUCUCCAGGCACCAAAAUCACCUGCAGGGUGUCUCACCUAACCCUGGACACUCCUCUCUCUCUAAGCGUGGUGGUAGAACAUGCAGAACCAGACUCCUAUUGGUGGGUUUUGGGUUUCCUGGUCAUCACCGUACUCUUCUUCUACCAGGUUAUGAGAUAAGUCAGCAUGAGAUUUUCCAGUGGAUGACCCUGAUUUAAAAUUGACACCAGAGAGACUUCCUUUGUGUCAUUUGUGAUUUUUUUUAAAGUGGAAACAGUCAACUAUUCAACCACCCCACCACAUCCCCAAAACCCAAAUUUUUAUGCCUCCAGGUUUCGGGGUGUACAUCCAUCCUAAUGGAUGAUAUGUGAACACGAUCUCUCAGUCUUAUUUAAAUUUGUCAAAAACGCAUCCUUGAGGCCAAAUUCACUUGGACGCAAUAACGAAGGCAGAGUAAAACACCCAGUUGUAAUUUUGUAUUUUGGAGCAUUCUCCAUAGAUUGGCCAUCAGGACUACAGUGGGCCGCUACGCUGGUGGACCAUAAAAAAAAGUUUCUAACAGCUCUGUCAAUCUCUUUACUGGCCCUAUCUGUGUCCCCAGGCCAGACCCAACACAUAAGUCCAGGGCUGAAUUUCUGUCCCAAUCUGACUGGCUCUCUGCAGCGAGUGAAUGCCCAUCCAAGGUUCACUUUUGUUUUACCUCGGUUUCUAUCACUCUAUCUCUUCGCCUUAUUUGCCUCUUCCAACAAGAGGGCUUCUUUCCUAGUUACUCAAACAGACACACUUAAUUUUCCUGGGAAAUUUUGUGCCUGGUGGCAGAUAGAAUUGCAUAGUGAAAGUGAGGCUUAUAUGCUAUCAAUCGAAACUCAGAUGGUGUCAUUAUUCUAUGGCCAUUACGUUGUGCAAUAAACAUUUACUUAACAAUUAUAAGUUAAAACAAAAAAAAAACUUUAGGUUAUUACUGAUUUCAUUAAAAGUCAUCACUGGUUCUUUUAACUCCUCUGCUGAACAGAAAAAUACAAAUUAGGGGUAAAACUGUAUUUUAUUGUCUAGCUCUAUUAUGUAUUUGCUUGAUAUAUUUGUUGUUGAGUGUCGUUGGUGGUUGAAUUGUACAUGUGUAGGCAGUAGGCACUCUCAGCUUCUCCAGACAGUGAAUAACAAGUCAGAUCAGUGGCACUGUGAAUAUGGUUAUCUGAGAUAUAAUCUCAGUAAUGUGUGUAGAGUCAAAUAUAGAAUUUAAUGUUGUUUUAUUUACAAGUUGUCAGUUUAUAAAAACAACCUAUUUCUACUUUGAUGUUUAGAAUUAUGCAUAUUUUACUAUACUUUUGCCCACCAGAGAGCUCUUCACAAGAAGAGCAGCUUUAAGUGAAUACAACUUCAGUGGUUUGUUUUAUAGGUUGUGCUAAAACUUUGUUAACAAACAGACUGUUGUAUUAUUCUAUUGGUUUAAAGCCUCAAAUGAUUGUUUCAAAAAAGUCUUUAUUUGUUGUGCUCUUCCCAUUUGAUUCUCACUGGUACUAUUUUAAUUGUAUCCUGUGUUUUAAUGCCUCUUUGUUUUUGUGUGAUGUUGAUAUUGUAAAGGUUUUGUCAUUUUCUUUUCACAAUGAAGGAUUUCAUGACCCGGCAAAUUUUUAAGGUAUUUGACAUGAUCAAUAUUCGUACAGUUCCUGUUUUACAACUGAUUGAAGCUAUGUUGUAAACAAAUCACAGGGUUUGUGUUUUGUAAGAUUUCAGUCAGAAUCAGAGUAUUGAUGCAGUUGGUAUUGUGCACAUGUGCAUUGAAUUGU